GCCGGUUGUAACCCGACUCCUGCGCCGGCUCCUCGCCCCCCACCCCCAGUCACUUGGCCCAGCAGCGCCACCCGCGCGCCCUGAGUGCCACAUCACUGCACCCUCCAGCGCAUCUGCGCGCCCACCAUGCCUACACUGCUGCUGCUCCUGGCUGCCCUGGCUACACCGGCCGCUGCCGCACACCCCAGCUGCUCGCCUGGACCCCAUCCCUCCGGUAACUGUCAGAGGCUGGCCUCUACACACAGUGCCACCUGCGUGGACCUGCAUCUCAGGACCUGCAUCGAUGCUGCCUACAACCAGACAUCGUUUCCCACGCCCCUGGCGCACCGGUCGUGGGAGACGGUGGAGGCCAGCCCUGAGUACAUGCUGCUGGGUGUGCUGCACUUUCUCCUGGAGGGCCAGUGUAACCCUGACCUGAGGCUGCUGGGGUGCUCUGUUCUGGCCCCCCGAUGUGAGGGAGGCCACACCCGAAGACCCUGCCGGCAUGUCUGUGAGGGCCUGCGGGAGACCUGCCAGCCGGCCUUUGAUGCCAUCGACAUGGCCUGGCCCUACUUUCUAGAUUGUGCCCGAUACUUUGCACCAGAAGAGGAAGGUUGCUAUGAUCCUCUGGAACAGCUCCGGGGAGAGCUGGAUGCCGAGGAGGCCCCGCCCUCAGGCCUGCCACCUACCUUCAUUCGCUUUGCCCACCACUCCUAUGCUCAGAUGGCCCGGGUCCUGAAGAGGACGGCGGCCCGCUGUUCCCAGGUGGCCAAGACCUACAGCAUUGGGCGCAGCUUUGAAGGCAAGGACCUGCUGGUCAUCGAGUUCUCAAGCCGCCCAGGCCAGCACGAGCUGAUGGAGCCUGAGGUGAAGCUCAUUGGCAACAUCCAUGGCAACGAGGUGGCGGGACGGGAGAUGCUCAUCUACCUGGCCCAGUAUCUGUGCUCUGAGUACCUGCUGGGCAACCCCCGCAUCCAGCGCCUGCUGAACACCACCCGCAUCCACCUGCUGCCAUCCAUGAACCCUGAUGGCUACGAGGUGGCGGCUGCAGAGGGUGCUGGCUACAAUGGUUGGACCAGUGGGAGGCAGAACGCACAGAACCUGGAUCUAAACCGCAACUUCCCUGACCUGACCUCGGAGUACUACCGACUGGCCUCCGCUCGUGGUGUGCGCACAGACCACAUCCCCAUCUCACAGUACUACUGGUGGGGUAAGGUGGCCCCUGAGACCAAGGCCAUCAUGAAGUGGAUAGAGACCAUUCCCUUCGUGCUCUCAGCCAGCCUGCAUGGGGGUGACUUGGUGGUGUCCUACCCCUUCGACUUCUCCAAGCACCCCCAUGAGGAGAAGAUGUUUUCUCCCACGCCCGAUGAGAAGAUGUUCAAGCUGCUAGCCAGAGCCUAUGCUGAUGUCCACCCCAUGAUGAUGGACAGGUCGGAGAACAGGUGUGGGGGCAACUUCCUGAAGCAGGGGAGCAUCAUCAACGGGGCGGACUGGUACAGUUUCACUGGAGGUAUGUCUGACUUCAAUUACCUACACACCAACUGCUUUGAGAUCACAGUGGAGCUGGGCUGUGUGAAGUUCCCACCAGAGGAGGCGCUUUACGGCCUGUGGCAACACAACAAGGAGCCCCUGUUGAACUUCCUGGAGAUGGUGCACCGGGGCAUCAAGGGUGUGGUGACUGACAAAUAUGGAAAGCCAGUCAAAAACGCACGGAUUCUAGUGAAAGGUAUCCGCCACGAUGUCACCACAGCCCCUGAUGGCGACUAUUGGAGACUCCUUCCUCCUGGUUCCCAUAUCGUCAUUGCUCAGGCUCCCGGCUACUCCAAGGUUAUGAAGAGAGUCACCAUUCCCUUGCGCAUGAAGAGGGCCGGCCGCGUGGAUUUCAUCCUCCAGCCUCUGAGGACAGGACCUAAGAACGUCCUUCCUGGACCUUCAAGAGCUUUACCCUGGUCCCAAGAGCCCCAGGGAGAGGCUACUCAGCUGGACUUCGAGCCCCCCAGGGCACGUAGGCAGCCAGCUAGUGGGAGCAAGCCAUGGUGGUGGUCUUAUUUCACAUCACUGAGCCCGACCAAGCCACGCUGGCUGCUCAAGUACUAGCACCCCUUCAGUACUAGCCCGGAUAUCCACCUCCGCGGCCUGGGCUUCUGGUUCUGGAGUCCCCCAGUC